GGUGUGAUCUAAACAAUUGGGGCCGCCUGGGUCCAGCUUCCUCCUCAUUCCACAGCUGGAGAGAUGACUGCAUGGCAGAAGCCCAUUCUGCUCUCCCGGGGGGGAACUUGUUGAUUGAACUUAGCUGAAGGGGAGGGAAGGGUAUGUUGCAAGAAGGUAGAAAGGAGAUAUUUAAGCUGUGCAGUCACAGCAGACUGUAACUCACUGGCGGUAUGCUUGGUUACCCCAGUACGAAAAUCGGGUUGUUGAGAUUUCUGGAAAACUUCCGGGCUUUCUGUCCCGCGUGCAAUUGUUUCUUUUGAGCAAAACCGUGCCCGGGGUGAUUGUGCAACCGAAUGAUUCUGAAACAAAUUGAUAGAGGGAGGUGGGGCUUGUGGGGGCUGGUUGGACCACGUGAGGGAUACCCUCGCCUCUGGACCGGGGUUGGGGGGGAUGUCUCCUUCAGUUUCCAGCCCCCCAGCUCCGGCCUCCAGCUGCUGAUGUAAACAAAGGUGUCUGAAUCCGAAACCUAAAACUCCCCGAGAUUCUCCCCUGCGCUUGCUAGGGCGCGGGGCAUCUGGAGCCAUGUAGAAUUUGACAGGGGAGCGGGGCGGGUGUAAGAGGCGCGUUAGCAUUACACCGCAGUCUUUGCAUAGCCUCAACUUGGGGCUGUGGAGAAGCAAGGGAAGACCGGAGAAGGAGGGAGUGGGGGUUCUUCCCGGGCGCUGGGUUCUGAGAACUCCCCGCAGCCAAGAGCCAAGCUUCAGCAGGGCUGUCGGGAGGCGCCUAGGCUCCGGGGGACUGUCACCAGGGCAGCAGGAGAGAGAGCCAGCCAGCCAGCCCAGGCCGCAGGGACUGCCUCUCCCCCAGUGCAGCCAGGAUGCCAGCAGGUGAUUAAACUAAUUAACAGACGCCCAGGAUCGCCGAACCGCCCUGCGGCGGAUUACCCGAGAGGCCAGCUGCUGCCGGUAGAAAUUCCCAGGAAGGUGGAGGAUCCCUCGGUGUACCGGGGGAAGCCCGAAAGCGGCAUAAAGCCGGAGUUAUCUGGCUGAUCAGUGCUGGAAUGGCGGCUUUAUCUACCUAAUCAUGCUACGCCGCAUUAAGCGCAAGGCUCCUCUCCCUCCUUCUAAUGGCAACAACAGCAACAGCUGUGAACCCAAAGCAACUCCUACCUCAGAGCCCAGCAGCCGUCUGGUGCAAAAUGGGAAGAGAACAAGGAAAUUUGGAGUCAUCUCCAGGUCAUCUGUCAGUAAGGACAGUGGGGAGAACAGGAACAGUCAGGACUCUGAGCUAGAGAAUGGACAUUGCGCCCUCAUGGAGAUGGGUGGCCCACGGCUAGAGACCCUGGAAGUGAGUGACAGGACAGAUGAACAAUUGCCAAAUACAGAGGUUCCUCUAGUCACGGGCCAUUAUAGACCUCGCUUAUCUGAAGGAAAGUCUGAUUUCAAGCCAAGUGACCAUCUGACACAGCGGGAAGGCUGCCGGAUAUGGAAGAUGCACAUGGUGAAAGGAUCAGACGGCCUGGGCAUCCAGAUAACGGGAGGCCGAGGAUCAAAGCGAUCACCCCACGGAAUCAUUGUCGCACACGUAGAAGAAGGAGGCGCCGCUCACAGGGAUGGCAGGCUGACCUCGGGAGAUGAGUUAUUAAUGAUCAAUGGCCAGUCACUUGUUGGCCUCUCACAUCAGGAAGCUGUGGCCAUUCUCCGUGCUGCAGCUGGGCUCGUUCAGCUGGUGGUGGCCAGCAGGGAAAAUUCUGAAGUGGACUUCCUCAAAUAUCCAUCUACAAGUUUGCCAGACUUGCUUAGUACUUAUUCAGGCCCGGAUGCUUCUUCUUAUACUGAUAAUAAGGAGAACGAAGAGCCAGAUGCUGAAGAAGAAAAGGGAGCCAGCCAGUCACCAAACCAUGGAGCAAUGAUUGAUGUUGAUAAGUCCCAAGACCCCAGUUGUCUUGAAGGAUCCCAGGGAAACUGCAAGAGCCCCACUAUGGGAAGCUGCAUGAUGAAGUGCCGGAGCCGUUCCCAAGGAGGUGCGCCUCGUCUCGAAUCUGUUGGAGAAGAUGAUGAGCUGACAGUAGAAAAUGGUGAUUCCAAUGUGGAGAUAUUGGAGAAAUUAUCUCGAAGUGCCCGGAAACAUUCCCUUCCACAGCAGCUUGACUCUGUUGGGGCAAGACAGGAAUACCACAUUGUGAAGAAAUCAACUCGGUCCUUGAGCACUGCUCAGGUGGAAUCCCCUUGGAGGCUAGCUCAGCCCUCCAUUAUCUCCAAUAUCGUGUUGAUGAAAGGACAAGGCAAGGGCCUUGGCUUCAGUAUUGUGGGAGGUCAGGAUUCAGCUAGGGGCCGGAUGGGAAUUUUUGUCAAGACAAUUUUCCCAAAUGGAGCUGCUGCUGCGGAUGGAAGACUCAAAGAAGGGGAUGAAAUCUUAGAAGUGAAUGGAGAAUCCCUACAGGGACUGACCCACCAAGAAGCCAUUCAGACCUUUAAGCAACUCAAGAAAGGUGUUGUGACCCUCACAGUACGGACAAGGUUACGCAGCCCAAGCCUUACUCCAUGUCCAACACCCACACUAAUGAGCCGAUCAAGCUCUCCAAACUCUAAUACCAGUGGAGGAACUCCUGCACCUGGCUCUGAUGAAGGAGAUUCUUCCUCUUUGGGUCGAAAAGGCCCUGGUCCCAAGGACAGGAUUGUCAUGGAAGUUACACUUAACAAAGAGCUAGGAGUCGGAUUAGGCAUUGGUGCCUGCUGUCUGAGUUUGGAAAAUAGUUCUCCAGGAAUCUAUAUUCAUAGCCUUGCCCCAGGAUCGGUAGCCAAGAUGGACAGCAGAUUGAGUCGUGGUGACCAAAUCUUGGAAGCAGAUUCUGUCAGCCUCCGUCAUGCUGCUUUAAGUGAAGCUUAUGCCAUUCUGAGUGAAUGUGGCCCAGGACCAGUUAGCCUCAUCAUCAGUCGGCACCCAAACCCAAAGGUCUCUGAACAGGAGAUGGAUGAGGCAAUAGCCCGCUCCACUCACCGCGACAGCAAAGAGGCCGGCCCCGCCCACGGCUUAGGUACACCCCUGAAGAGUCCCUCCCUCACAGCAAAAACAAGACAGGGAGAAGGUACUGCUUCACUCAGCUGGACCAUGAAACGCUUCCUGGAGCCAGCAAGUCGGGGCUCCCUCAGUUCUGAAUCAGAACUCUCACAAUAUUUUUCACAAGAUGUCCUGAGCCCCUUGUCCUAUUCAGACUCUGUGGUUGCCAGCUCUGGAGAUGAAGAACAUAUGAACCAGAGGAGGGGGAGCAGCUCUUUGGAUGAUGGCAUUCUUCCUCCCAGUAGCCUAACCCCCAAAGAAUCAGGAAAAGCUAGGGCUAAUAGCCUUGCAUCAUCUGGAAACAAGAAAGCCUCGGGACCUUUCCAUAAGCAUUUGGAAGCUACCAGACAAGCCAGUCUCCCUGGAAGCCCACAGUGUGCCCGGAGCCCACUCCUCCGACAAAGGAAAAUUGGCUGCUUUGAUGCCGAAGAUGCCAGUGAUGAAGAGGAGUUUGUGAGAGAUGGAGACAACGUUCCAUUUCCCAGGACCCUUCCAGGCUCUUUUCCAUCCCAGACUGAGGAGGACCCAAGAGUGAUCAUCCCAAAUUCUUCUGUGGCAACAAAUAGCAGCCAGGAAGUAGAGCACUUUGGGAAUCCUGCCACUGAGGCCCCAUUGGAGACUUCUCUUUUGGAGAGCUCAGCAGGGGAAGUGGAGGACAAGGCUUCUGAGCACAUUAGAGAUUCCCCUCUGCUUCCAGGAAAGCUUUUUGACUAUCCUGGUGCCUUGGAGGGCAACCCUAGCAGCUUGGGCCUGAAGGAACAAGCUGAAUCCAAGAAGUCACCAAAAUUAGAGCACAAAGCCAUCACCAGGGUCAAAAGCCUGAUGAGCAUUGAGUGUCCUGGCUCCCCCAAACAGAAGAAUGAGGAUCCAGGUUCUGCUCACAAACCAGUGGCCAGGAUAACCCCUCAAAGCAAGAAGGCUGUGACAGAGGACAACUCUAGGCCCAGUAGCCUGGAAACUGUUCAUUUAAUUCGUUUGGAAGAUGAAUCCUUUGGCCUGGACUUGGAAAUCCAGGCCAGUCCCUUAAAGGUGGUGAUAAAAGGUUUAAGGCCUGGUGGAGCUGCAGAGAGGGAAUCAACAGGACAGCUGAGUGUUGGAGAUGAGAUUGUCUCUUUCAAUGGUGCUCCAGUCAACUCCUUGUCUUACCUGGAAGCCUGCCAGGUUAUAAAGAACUUGCCUAUGGCCCUGACUUUGGUGGUACGGCGAUCAUUAUCUGCUAUGGAUGGCUCACAGGACCACCUUGAAUCACCAAGGGAGAAGGAGCUGACUAAUACUGACCCUAGUGUGACUCUGGCCGCCAGAGAAACCCAUCCAAAAGUAACUCAAGCCUCUGAAACAGAGGGAACUAUGCAAUCUGGUCCCAUACUGCCAUCUGCUGUCGGUACCAAAGAAAUGCAAAUGGGUAGUGAGUUGAGAGUCCGCGGUUCAGAGGAGAUGCCGGUGACUGACAUUGACAGCAUCAUCAGUGAGUUAGAUACUUGUGAAGGAGGAGCUGAACGUCCUCCAAAAGCAGGGGCCCCUUGUGGUGACAGAGCUUCUCAGAGGCACUCUUGGGCAAAAAGCAGGAGCUCCUGCCAGAUGGAGCAGAGCACAGUUAAACAAGACUCACCUCAAAAGAUAAACUGUGGGCCUUCACCACCUCAGCCUCAGUGGACCUCUAACUUUUCAGUUUUGGAUUCAAUUAAUCCAGGCAAGCAUUUUACUGUGAAUAAAAACUGUUUGAGUAGCUAUUCUAGGAAUUUUAGCAGCUUACAUGAAGCCAGUUUGUCCUCACUUGGCCAUGGGGAAACUGAGACCACUGAGCCAUCACCAAAGUCUAUGUAUGGAGCUGCUGAGGAUUCGCACUCAGACCCAGAAUCCCUCACAGAAGCCUCAUCCACCCCAAUAAGGGGCAGCACACCAUCUCAUCCACCAUCUUGCUCUUCUCAGACAUACAAUGCCCCAGAGUCAGACGAGGAGCAAAUUGAAAUUUGUUGCACGAAUACUCACCCAAAGCCACUCUCUCUGGUGGAGCAGCGACCCAGUCCUGCUGUGAAGCAGAUGGAACAGAGCACAGUUAAACAAGAUUCACCUCAAAAGAUAAACUGUGGGCCUUCCCCUUAUCUAUCAGUAGCCAAAGUUUCACCAUUAGAAAGUACAGUUAUGGGUGGUUUACAGACAACACCUUGUGCAACACCUUCCUUUGGCCCAGAAACAACUAUGAACCCCAACUCUUACCAGCAGGUCAAUGCAGGGAGAACAGUUCCUUUGGUCUCCCUCCCUUCCUCCCAUUUAGAUAAGGGCACUUGGGAGAGCUCAGCAUGUUCAGAUGGAAAUACUCCACAGGGAUGCAGAGCCUUACACACAGAGGGGAAAAUGCAAGAAGCCAGCACUGGUAAAGCUCUGGAAACCUGUGAGUCUUCCAGAGGCAGUGGCCUUGUGCACAAGCCCCCAAUCCCCUUCAUCGGCCCCAGAUUGAUCAAUGGCCUAGAGCACAGCUUGUUAGACAACAAAUCCCAAUGCAAGAAGCAGGAAGCAACCAUUAAGGUAGUUGACAGUCAUAGAUGCACUCAAUUCUCUUUAAAUCCAGGCUCAUUUACAAAUGAAGAAUGUGAUUUGACCAGCCUUCACAUAUCUGAAAGUCAGGACUUAGGGGACUUGCGACAAGGACCAGAAAAAACAGUUAGGGAUCUCCUUCUGGCCCAGUAUAAAGAUCCCAGCAAAAUUAAUCAUAGCAUGCAAAACAGAAAUGAAAAGGAGCAGUGUAUAGCUGCAACAAAAAGCUCCAACACUAAAACUCCCACUCCCAGCACAAACCAUGUUAAGGGAGUUACUACUCUGCACAGUCCUUCAUCUCAACCAAAAUCAAAUCCUGAAACAAAAGGGUCAACACCCAAAAGUUUUAUGGAAACACUUCUCAAUAACAAUCACAAACUUAGGUCAGGGCCAAAGCUAAAAGGCCUCAGCAUCAAAAGCAAGAACAAAACUAGCACAGAGGCCUCUGCUGCCAUCCAAACUGCUAAGGUUAGUGGGACAGAGCAGAGAAAAAUCUUUACUUCACCCCAAACCUCUCCCAAAACCCUUUCUAAGAAAGUGUUGGGGGCUCGGAGCAUUGCUGUCCAUGGAGAACCAGACAAAAGUUGCCCCACCACUCCCAAGUCUCCUACAUGUAGACAAGAGAGUAAAUUGGCUUUGGCUGUGUCUGGGCCAAUGAGUUCCCCAGUGUUAGAUGGAGGCAUCCCUAUAACCGGAAAUACAAAUGAGAAUAGAUUCUUUGGAAGAAAUGAAUUUGGCCUUUCCAACUCAAAAGAAGCCUCAGCUCUCCCUAGUGGGCUUGGUGAAAAGGGGAGCAAGGCAGCUGCUGGGGAUUCUCGAGAUAGAAUGAACCAGGUAAAAAUAAUUGCUAUCUCUUCUGAAAGAAACCCCCAAAGCCCAGGUGAUGACAAGUUGACUGAAAGUGACCAAGGAGGGUUCUCCAUUCAAGAAAAUAGUCACAAAAAAUGUGAAAACAAGUUAUGUCACAAAAGAGGAGAACUUCCCCCAAGUCAACCACCUCUGGCUUCUCAUUCCAUUCAGGAAGAUCCCCCAGAAGGACAAGAAAUCCAAAGAAGUUUCAUUGAGGUGAGACUCUCUUCCUCUUCCUCCUCCUUCUUGCCUGUGUGUCCUUCCCCAACUCUAUCUGUAGAGAAGACAGCUUAUAACCAGAAGAAGACAAAUCAGAUGUCUGAACCUCCUGGGAACUCAAAAAAUGUCAUUACUCUGAAUGACAGUCCCUACUGCUCCCCAAGGCCUGUUACUAGGACUUAUUCCAUGCCAGCACAACUUGCAAGCCAUUUUGGCGGGGAAAGCCAUUCCAGGCAAUCUACAGGAUGCUCUGUUCAAAACAGCCAGAAUUCUGUAGUAAAUGAGAAAUGUGCUUGUGUCCCUGAGACAAGAAUACUUAAAGGUGGCCUUCUUGGCCUAGUUAAUGGACAGGGUAUACAAGGAGAAAAACAACUGUCAGAGACUUCCCAGAGCAUCCAAAAAAUAGAACAGGGAGGUGCUAGUGCCCUUGGUACCCAGGAAACAAACUGCCUUAUCACAGAUAGAAUAAGAUCCAAUAGGAGGCAUUAUUACUAUGAGCUAAACUGGCCCCAUGAACCUACCUCAUCCUUUUCUGUGAAACAGAGGAUCAAAUCUUUUGAGAAUCUUGCCAGUUUUGAUAGGCCUGUGGUGAAGUCCAUUGAUUUCCCUUCAGCAGUGUCCAUGAACUCUAAACCACCUAUUGGGAGGAGAUCAUCAGGAACUAUAUCUUCAGGAACUCCCAGCAAUUUAAAUGACACCUCGAGGUCCUUACGUCGAAGCUUGAGCUCAUGUGGUGAAAACCAAAAUGAUUCCAUUUCAUUGGCUCCCCAGCUAAAUAAAUCACCAUCUACUAUGGCUCUCCUGGCUUCUCCACUGAAUCCAGUAGAAGACAGAAGAGACGGCGCUGGUUUGAACCACAAAAAGUUUCUUGACCCCCCAGCAAAUUACAAUCCAUCAGUGACCACAGCUUCUCACAUCAGGAGGAACAGGACAGCAGGAGGCCCAGCCCGACCAUGUCCUUUAUCCCGCUCUAAACUUAGAGAGCUAAGGGCUUUGAGCAUGCCGGACCUUGACAAGCUCUGUGAUGAGGAGUACUCAGUGGAACCUGUAGCUGCCCACUUUAAAACUGAGCUAGAAAUUAUUCCAAGAAGAUCCCUUGGCCUUGCACCUGAAAGCCUCUCAAACCUUGAUGAAUCAUCUUCCCUUUCACAUUUGGUAAAAGAGCAAAGUGAGGACAGGUUGUGUUCUAGGGGAAAUAGUCCUUGGACUAGUGGUUCUGGGACUCCUGCUUCAGCUUCUGAUGAAGAUAUAACAAUCCAGAACAAUUCAGUGGAUAAACGAUGCUAUGGAAGAAGUUGGUCCAUAAGUUUGGAUCAACUUUCAAUCUCAUGUUUGGACCAGCAAAAAUUACAGUCUGUUUUGUCAUCAGUGGGUUCAAAAUCUGAUAUCUUGAGCCUGAUUCAAGAAGCCAAAGUACAAACAGAGAAUAAAGAAGAUAUUUUCUUUGUGGUUUUGAAUAAAGAAAGUGGCUCAGGUCUGGGAUUCAGCGUGGCAGGUGGAGUAGAUUUGGAGCAGAAAUCAAUUACUGUUCAUAGAGUGUUUUCUCAGGGAGUGGCUUCUCAGGAAGGGAGCAUCCACCGAGGAGAUCUCCUUUUGUCCAUUAAUGGCACCUCAUUGGCCGGGUCUGUCCAUGGAGAUGUUUUGAAUGCCCUCCACCAAGCAAAGAUGCACAAAGAUGCUGUUAUUGUCAUCAAAAAAGUAAAAGCCCAGGAGAGGGGUACUGCCAGGCAAGAGCCCACUUCUGCAAGUGGAAAGAUGUCUAUGUUCAAAAAGGAUGUUAACCUGGAACCUGGAAUAGCAGGCAAACAGGCAGAGCUGAAUGACGCAGUGUGUGUUGAGUUACUGAAGACCUCUGCUGGACUAGGCUUCAGUCUUGAUGGAGGAAAAGCAUCUGUGGCUGGAGAUCGACCCUUGCUAAUAAAAAGAGUCUUUAAAGGUGGUACUGCAGAACAAGCCGGAACAGUUGAAGCUGGAGACGAAAUUCUUGCCAUUAAUGGAAAGUCAUUGACAGGGCUCAUGCACUAUGAUGCCUGGAACAUGAUUAAAUCUGUCCCAGAGGGGCCUGUGCAAUUAUUAAUUAGGAAGCACAGAACAGCAGUUUGAGCCACAUUGUGGCUUGUGAGAUUAGCCACAAAGAACUCUCAUUGGCAUGGACCAGUAAAGCUUGCACAGAUGGUCUUUUGAGAAGAAUCUUCGAACCUUCCUAGAAUUUGGAAAGGUAUAAAAACUCUAAUGUUUUGGGAUAUUGAAAGGCAAUGAAAUUGGACUCUGGAAUCCCUGUCACAUGAAACAUUCUUAGCUGGGAAAAUCACUUUCAGUUGUAUGGCUGCCCCUAGCCUUGAAACAGAGUUUUCUUGUUAGGGAUAUCAAUUUUUGCUUGCUAUCAUGACAAAACAAGAUUUUAGAUUGUGUCCAUAUCAUUUGGUCAUUUUCUGUCACCGUGAGUAGAAUACACACUAGCUUCCAAUUCUUAUAGAGUAAUAGAGGAAACUGAAACACACAUCUUCAGAGACAAAAUGAAAAGGACUAUAGGAUAAUAUAUAUCAUUUUGUAGAUAAAAUUAACAGGAUGUAUUGGGUACAUGGAAAGCUGCCAUGUUUGUAAAUAUAACCUGAAGAAAAAGGUUUUAAAAUAGUUACUCAUGUGGCUGAGCUCAGGAAUUCCCUAAAACUGAAAAAAAAAACAAAAAUGAGGAAACUGCUCAACAUGGGAGAUGUGUCCUCCCAGAGGGCUAAGGAUAGUGAGAUAAAUUCUUUCUGAAGACAUGUCAUUUCCCAGGCUAAACUGAUAAGCUUUCACAAAUUUGUGAAAUAUACAUUCUAUCAAUUUAAUUCUUCUCAAUGAAUGUCACACCUUAAAAAUCAGGACAUGAGUAGAUAGAGUUGUCACUAUCACUAAGUUUUGAGCCUUUGUUUCAAUUGGCUUUAAUUUUUAAUCAUCAAAUAUGUCUCACUGUCCACAGAUUUAUCCAUAUGUACUGUAAAUGAAGUUUCAUCUGGGCACUCUAAAUUGUCUUAAGGAUUUUUUUUCCUUUUUGGUGUUUUAGGAAAUUAAUAAUUUCUAAGUACUAGAUCCCAUCUCACACUGUGGAUAAAUGUUCUUGUUGCCCUUUCUAUCACAGUAUUUUUUCAAAUGUGUAUCAUUUUUGCCAAAGGUGAUGGUAUCCUACUGAAUACUGUUGUGGCCCUAACCCUUUGGUUAGGGUGCUUUGGAAUCCCCUCCUUAUGGCUUAUCCUCUUAAAUAUAUGACAGUCUGAAGGAACUCCAUUCUCCUUUGGCGUGUGCCCAUUUCUUCCACCAAAAUUGGUUGGGGAAGAUAUUUAUUGCUCAUCUUUGAAUAAAAAAGAACCCUUUCUUGAUAAUUUUGGAAUCCUUAUCUGCUUAUUUAUCUUUGAAAUGUGUAAAUGCUUCUAGAUUCCAAGUAUGAAGUAGUUGGGAGUCUGAUUUCCAACUUUUGUGUAAGCUCAGAUCUCUUCAUCACUGUGCAAGACUCAAUCACCAUCACCAGUAUCAAAAACUUUAUUUUAUUUUUUCAAAUAGCUCAUAUUUGAAGUUUGCAAAACUUUCCCCAUCUCAUUCAACUAAUGAGCACAACAGGAAGCAAGGAGAUAAUGAAAAAAAGAUAAUGAUGAAAAAUACAGAUCAUUCUUUUCAGAUAAAGGGGUAACUAUCAUGUAGUUAAAACACCUCUGUGUUAUUGUCAUUGAUAAUUUUUUAUCAAUUUAUAGCCCCUUUAAUAAUUUUAUCAUAUAAUUCUUUUAAAUGUGGUGGAUGCAUAUUUGUUGGCAAGGCUGAUGUUCUCAUAUAAAAUAGGGUUGAUGACUGAAUUUAAAUUGAUAUGUCCUCCCACAGGGAUAAGGCAGUGAAAUAAGUUCCUUUUGAAGAUAUGUUAUUUUCCAGCCUAAACUGAUAAGCCGCCGUAAAUAUUGUAGAAUACAUAUUCUAUCAAUCUCACUCUUCUCAAUGAAUGUGAGCUCAAAAAUCAGGAUAUCGGUAGAGUUGUCACUAUCACUAAAUUUGACUAAUAUGAAAGCUUAAUUCUGUGGACAGAGAAAGCAAUUUAGAAAGCAUUACAUUCCAAAGAAGCCUGUUGAAUCCUUCAGCCUACAUGGUUGAUAUAUACUGAUUUUCCAGGCAUUCCAGGUCCACCUAGCAUUUAUGAUUACCUUUCUCAGAUUUGAGAGAAAUUUUGGUUCUCUGAGUUCUCAUCUAGGAAAAUAGGAUGGCUUCUGAAGGGGAAGGAGUGUGACCACAUGUUCAAUGGAAUCAAUUGAUUAUUUCAUUACUACAUAGCAUGCAGAGAAUCAAAGCCACUAUAGAGGCUUUUCCUCUUAUACUCAUUGGAGUCAGUUGGUAUCAGUAUCCUUCAAAUGACCGCUGAAAUAAGUAGAAACAAGUCCUUGCCUUCUGUUGUGCUGAUUAGCCAAAUAAGAUAAGACAAGAUUUUGAAAACUUGAAAUGUGAGCUAUUUUUUAAAAAAGAAAAAUUUUGUUGGUGGUUGAGUCAUCCACAAUGAUACAAAGAUUUGGGUCUGUAUAGCAGCUGGAUUAGAAAGAGCAUGUGGUCUUUUCUGAGACUUCCUAACUCCUUAUACUUGGGAGCUGGAAAGAAAAAGCUUGUUUACUAGCCCAGGCAUUAACAUUAAAAUGUCACUGGAAAGAGCUCCUGGCUUAGCUCUCUUGGACUCGGAAGGAGGGAUGAUGCAAAAGGUAUGACUGGAUUGCACUUGGCAAUAGAAAACUUUUUUUAAUGUAUUCAAGGAUCUUGUAGAAUAUGCAUUUCAGAUGAACCCUCCAAGUCCUUCUCUUUUUUAAAUGCACACUAAUGAUGAUGUCCCACUAAAACUGUUGGAUUUUGUCUUUUUUCCACAAAUUAGUCAUUCACAGAGAACCUAUAGCAGAUAAUGUGUGUUAGGGCAUGUAAAAUGUAACCAUGAAAAUAUUUUGCAAAAAGUGAAGUAAAAGUGAAUGGGUAGGUGUAAAUGGAACCCAAUCUAUUUCAAUAUUAUGUGUUUGGCUGAAUUUAUACCAUACUUGUUGUAUGAUGUUGUACAUUUACACUUUAUUUAUAUAAAAUAAAAUGCCUUGUAUAUUAAAAUGUGAGUGCAAUGAUAGUAAAUAGACUGUACAUUUUUUAAAACACUUGCUUUUUUUUUCUCUAGGCUAUGUAAAUCUGCAUCUCUGUAAACAUGGGCUUUUAAAGUAAUUUUCAAAUAAACACUCUUAGACUUGUUUCA